AUAGAACAACAAGUGCACAUGUGUUUCUAGCUUGCUGCAAAGUGUGUAAAAAGUCUUUAAAGUAACGGGUCUGAGUGGCAGUUAAUCAGCAAAAAGAGCGUGUAUUACUUAAGUACUGCAGAGAACGUUUUUAUCAGAGGGCCACGAUGUUUGCUGUUAUAAUUGCCGGUCGUUUGGUUCAAACUGAUUUAAACGCAAUUGACGAAACAAAGUUCAUGUUUACGUUGAUGGAUCUCGACAAUGUUAAUCAUAUUGUGGUGUUCAUGACGGGACAACAAGCUUUUCCAGAAGGUGUUGGAGGAGCUGUGUACAUGAACUGGCCAUCAAAGAACGGGGAAUCGGGGUGGCAACUUAUUGGGCACAUCACAAACCAGAAACCAUCGUCCAUAUUCAAAAUAUCUGGAUUCCAGAAAGGCGCUUCAAAUGAAAACAUAUUUUCUGACAUGUCGUCGUUCCCUUCCCCUGAGCAACCACAUCAUGCACAGCUUGGAAUCUCCCUUGAGCCUCUCACCCAGCUAGCCCAACAAGUCCCAGCCACCUCUGGAUCCUCUGUUGAAGAAGGUCACACCUUUAAUGACUUUGCCAACAAAAUGAUUCUCAGUUUUUACAACUUUGCUUCUUCAUUCUCGACCUCAAAACAAGAGAUUGCAGAAGCUGUGGUCACGGGAGUGAAUGCUAGAAGCACCGUAACGGAACAGAACUUUAUCCCGGUAUCAGUGCUUGAAAACUGGUUGAAACAAUUUCAGAACAAACUUUCAAGAGAUGUUAACUUUUGGAAAAAGUGAAUUAUUUCUGCUCGUUUACAUUUUUGUUAAGUGCAACCUGGAAUCAUUGGGGUAAUAUGUCAACUCUGGCCUAAAUAUCAGGCGUGUCCUGCUGUAGGGCCUCAACCUUGUAGAAUAAAGAACUAUUAAUCAUGCCUAAGAUAAGUUCCAUGAUACAUUACUAAGCACUAGUGUAUGGAACCAUAGAGAGUUCAUUAGUUAUUUGUUUAAAAUUGCAUUUUCUGUAAACCAAAUUCGAAGCCAAAAAGUGAACAAAAAGUUUUUUCAUGCUAAAUUGUGUGUUAUUUUACAGUUAUUGCAGUUUUAUAUUUUAAGCAAGCAAAUAUAUUUUCAUGCGUUUAUACCAUUAUCAAAUUUCAUACCAUAUUGUAAACACAGUACAUUUUAUGCAGUUAGCAUGUUAUUUUUAUUCAUUUUCAAUGUCGUUUCAAUUUAAAUAGUGCUGUAACACGAAAAGAAAUUUUCGCGAAUUUUCAAAUCAAA